CUGCGUCUAGUAGUGGCGUCACUUCCGGUCGGUGAAGAAUCCUCACAGAGUCGGACAAGAGAUAAAGUUGACAGAAUGCCGAAGUCAAAGGAGCUGGUUUCUUCAAGUGCAUCUGGAAGUGAUUCCGAUAGUGAAGUUGACCAAAAGCCUAAAAGAAAAAGCCAGCCUCCUCCAGAGAAAGAAAAGCCUGCGAAGAAACAAAAAACAGGAGAAAGUUCCAAAGGAGCUGCAUCAUCCAAGCAAAGUAGUAGCAACAGAGAUGAUAACAUGUUCCAGAUUGGAAAAAUGAGGUACGUCAAUGUUAGAGACUUUAAAGGAAAAGUCCUGAUUGACAUCAGAGAAUAUUGGAUGAACCAAGAUGGGGAGAUGAAGCCAGGCAAGAAAGGUAUAUCUUUAAAUCCUGAGCAAUGGAACCAGCUGAAGGAGCAGAUAUCUGAUGUCGAUGAUGCAAUAAAAAAACUGUAAAAGACACCUGUUUGUGGAGAAGCUUCAUCCUUUAGUUUUAAGCACUCUUUUUACAUUUUGCUAUUUGUUUUCUACUUUUUGUUUUACCGGCUAUUGUAUGUUUGGAUUGCAAAGCAACUUGUCAGACGGAUCCUUUAUAUGCAUUUCAAUGUACCCUGGGUCACAAAUUAUGUUGUAAAAAGGAGAUUUUGUUUACCAAAUAACUGUUCAAGUAUCUGGCCAUUUAGUUCUAACAUGGCUACAUAUUUAAAAGCGGUGGAAUGCUCCUUAAUAUUCCUGACAAUAUUUAAAUCUGGAUAGUUUCUUCUGCAUUUGGGACUGCACAGGCUGUGGUUCUUCAUCUAGAACUAUGAUGACAGCUGCCUAGGGAAUGGUGUUUUUUCCUCUUGAUCUAGAAGUAUGGUGCAAUUUUUUUAUUUUUAUUUUUUGUAAAUGCAAGAAUGAAGGCAAAACCUUUAUGAUCAUAUGAAUGAGCUGAUUCCUGUUUAGGGCUCCUAAUAGAUUUUGAGUAUUUGAUUUAUUUUAAACUAGUACAUUUUGUCCCCCUACUUUUUGGUUGCACACACACAGUUGUAAGCACCAGUUUGCAGUCCUUUUGCAGUUGACAAUUUACUUCAAAGGAACUUCCCAAACACAACCUACGUGUCAUUUGUCCAUUUAAACAGUUGUUCUUUCACAACGUUUGAGUAUCCCAGUCUUUUUCAGAGUUCAUUCAUGUUUGCAGUGUGUCUUGAGUUUGUCAAAUUUGGAAACUAUUUAUCUACCUAACAGUGAGGGUUUUUUUUUUUUUUUUGGUUUGGAUUUUGUA